GAGAGGGAGAGAGAGCAUGAGAGGCGUGCGGGAGCUGAGGCGCGCUAAUCAGCAAAGAACCGCGUUUACAAGUGGAUUGUUUGGCUUAGGUUUCUCUAUCUGCGCCUGGCACUCGACACGGCAAGUCUUCGGGUGUACUGUUGAAGAAAAACAAGCAGAGAGAGAUGGUUGAAAACACAAGGUGUAUCCCAAGUGGUAUCAGAAACAGCGAAGAACCUCAUAUAUAUUAAAAAGUUAAUGUUGGUAAAUUAGCAACAAUUAACAGUGAUUGUUGCUCCGUCAUCAGCAGACUGGGUGAUUUUUAGUUUAGCAGUAAAGUGAAUGAAAUUGAAAACAAAGAAAACUGUGGCACAGGAUCCAAUUAAUUUGCAGUAGAGAUGCCAAAACUAAUGUUACUUAUACAGUACUGUAAUAAGUUUGGUUCUCUUCACUUAAAACAUCAGAAACAGCAGUUGCAAUAGUGUCAAAAGUAAAGCAGACAAGAACAUCAUUGAGAGAAAGAAUAGUGUCAACAACACCAGAGCGGGUGUGUGGCAAAAGGUUCAUGUGCCUUGAUUGACUUGAUCAGUGAUAAGUUGCCUGAGCAGAAGAGUAAAUAGUUCAGCGUUGACAGCUGGAUUUGGGUGACUAGACAAUCAUGGCAGAAGCUCGUAGUGCUGUGGCAACACCCAGGGUCCAGAUAAAGGACCUGGGCACCACUGAUUCCUUUGUUGACUUCCUUAAGUUUUAUCGCCAGAUGAUCAUCAGAAAUUACUUUCGCUUUCGCAACUCGAUUCGCAAUGGGGUGUGGCCGACAUCCACCAACAACUUGGGGGUGGCCUGUGCAUUCUCGGUCUACCUGCUGGAGUAUGAGCCCACAUCAGCCCAGGCUCUCACUGCCUACCUCAAGCAGGCCGUGCAUGCUCUGCCUCUUCCUGUCAAAACUCCACGAUGGCUGGCCAACUUACUUGGAUCGAUGGGCAUCUCCUUUGUUUUCUUCAUCAUGCUUAUGAAGGUGCGGCAGUAUCUUCUGCGUAUCCUGCUGGCAUACAGAGGAUGGAUGUAUGAGAAUGUGAGGGAAGUGUCCUCGAAAACCAAACUGUGGGGUCUAACUGUCAAGUUCGUGUCUGGAUAUCAGCCUUCUCUGUAUUCUUGCCAGCGAUCUCUGCCACGAAUGCCUGUUCCUCCUCUUGAAGAGACACUUGGUAAAUUGCUUGACAGUUUAAAGCCUUUAUGCUCGGAGGAAGAAUAUAAGGAAUAUACUAAACAAGCGAAUGACUUUGAGAGCAGUAUUGGCCCUCGACUGCAGCGCCUUCUUUACCUCAAGUCAUGGUGGGCACCUAAUUAUGUCAGUGAUUGGUGGGAGAAGUAUGUGUAUUUAAUGUCUCGAUGCUCAUUGGCCAUCAACUCCAAUUAUUAUGCCUUGGAUAACUUCAGAUGGACCCCAACAAACAGACAGGUAUCAAGAGCAGCAAAUGUUGUAUUCUCCAUUCUUAACAUCAAGCGAAAGAUUGAUCGAGAAGAGCUUCCACCUUUACUCCUACGCAACACCAUCCCAAUCUGUAUGGCACAAUAUGAACGACUCUUUUCCACUGUACGAGUACCUGGUGAAGAAAUUGACGAGUUACUUCAUUUUGACUCUGGUGAAUCACGUCAUAUUGUAGUAUGGCGUCAAGGACUUUUCUACCAAUUGAGCAUCUGUGAUGAUAAGAACCAGAUCCUUUCUGUUUCUGUUCUGGAAAAACUAUUUCAAGACAUCUUUGAUGAUGCUGAUAAACACAAGGAGAGUGUGACUGAAAGUGAACGUAGUGUUGCAGCUCUGACAGGUCUUCCGAGGACAAAAUGGGCACGAAUACAAAAGGAAUUCUUUACAUCUGGGAUCAACAAAGACAACAUGGAUCUCAUAAACAGGGCAAUGUUCAUGGUUAUUAUGUUAGACAAAUGUCCAAUGGAUAUUUCUGACAAGGGCAAAACACUCCUUCAUGCCGAUGGCCGCACAAUAUGGUUUGACAAGAGUGUAAAUAUAUGCUUCUUCCCUGAUGGCCAGUGUGGAUUGAAUGUUGAACAUUCAAUGGCAGAUGCACCUGCAAUGGGUCAUGUAUGGGAGUAUGCCAUGACCAUGGAAGUAAUUGAGAAAAGAUAUUUGGACAAUGGACAAGUGAUGCCUCCACCAAAGUCAUUCAAGCAGAGUAACUACACUUGUCACAGGAGAAUCAUCUGGGACAUUACAGAUGAACUUGAAAAAGAAAUCAAUAAAGCAGCUUUGUUUAAUCAAAAGAAUAAUGAUGAUCUUGACCUUGAAAUUCGGAAUCAUGACAAGUAUGGCAAAGGUGUAAUGAAGAAAGCUCGAGUGAGCCCUGAUGCUUUUAUCCAGAUAGCACUCCAGCUUGCAUAUUAUCGUCACAGUGGCAGAUUUUGUCAAACCUAUGAAGCCUCUGCAACAAGACUCUACCAAAAUGGACGAACAGAAACAGUAAGAUCUUGCACAGAAGAAGCUGCAUCAUUUGUAAGGGCAAUGGUUAGUGGAAGACUACCAAAGGAGGAACUACUGCACCUGUUAAGAGUGGCAGGUAACCGUCACCAAAAGCUUUACCGUGAUGCAAUGAAUGGUCAGGGAAUUGACCGACAUCUGUUUGCUCUUUAUGUUGUAUCAAAAGGACUAGGCUAUGAAAGUCAGUUCUUGGAGUCCAUCAUUCGUAGACCCUGGACACUAUCAACAUCCCAACAGCCUCAACAGCAGAUUCAGGCUAAUACUCCUGACAUCAACUUGGAACCUUUCAGAACAAUGUGCUCACCUGGAGGAGGAUUUGGUCCAGUCUCAGAUGAAGGUUAUGGAGUUUCUUACAUGCUACCUACAGAGUAUAACAUUUUCUUUCAUGUGUCAUCCAAAAGAGCAUGUCCAGCAACAGAUUCCAGAAAAUUUGCUGAUAUAUUGUUCAAAAGCAUGGAUGAUAUGCGUCUUUUAUUUGACACUUCACAACUGUAAUCAUAGUGUAGAUCGAGUUAUAUUGUCUUUGAAGAACAUGAAAGAUAUAAUUAUAUUUAAAUAUUUUAUUAUUAUUUACAGUUAACUAGUUGUGAGAUCUCUUAUUUUGAAUAUACUGAAAUUUUCACUUGCCUAUUUUUUUUUUGUUUAUUCUGCCUAAUAUAUCUGAGUUAUUGUAUUCAGUUGCUUCACAGGUAGGAAUCUGCCAUGUGAUAUAAAAUGUUCAUGAACGCAGGCACUAGCAUUGCA